UGGGACUUCUGUUCUCUGAAAACAGGAAGGAUUUGAGUAAAACCCUAAUGAACAAGCAGUUCUUGCAGCAGGUUAGUUCUAGUUUUCACUCGGACAACAUGUGUACUGGAAAGUGUUCCAGCUGCAUUGCUGUUACUCUGUUCCCAUUCGUGCUUAUAUCCAUCAUCUGUAACAUUGUGCUGUUCUUUCCUGGCGGGGACGUCAAGUAUGCCAAAGAAAAACACCUAACUCAGGAGGUUUACUACAUGGGGGGGCUCGUUGGAGGAGGUUUAAUGGUGUUGAUCCCAGCGAUUUACAUCAACCUGACUGGAGAACAGGGCUGCUGUGGAAAUCGCUGUGGGAUGUUCUUGUCCAUCCUGUUUGCUGCGGUGGGGCUAACCGGUGCUACGUACAGCUUCAUUGUGGCGGUGCUCGGUCUGACUAACGGGCCCUUCUGCUCUGUUGGUGGGACAUGGACCACACCUUUUAAAAACAGUAACUCCACCUACCUGACCGACUCCAAGCUGUGGGAGGAAUGCACAGAGCCUAAGAAUGUGGUGCAGUUCAACACUGGACUGUUCAUGACCCUAGUGACAGCCAGCUGUCUGCAGAUUUUGCUCUGUGCCGUUCAGAUGCUCAACGGCCUCUUUGGCUGCCUGUGUGGAGCCUGCAUCAGCAAAGAGGUAACAUAAGUUUCUGGUCAGAUGGCUGAAGCCCCCUGCUGGAGAGCUGGAGUAGUGUUUCCGCCUGCAUCUGCAUAAACAAUUCACUGUUAACCCAUAAGAACCCAUGGUGACACCCGUGUAACAAACACUUUAAACCUUCUAGAAUCUAAGAUUAAACCCAUUUAACAAUCCUAACCAAUUAAUAGUGUGUCCUGUAUUGCAUUUCACUUCUUCUGACCAUAUUUCCUGUCACAAUUUUGAUAUAUGUUAUGGAAAUGCAAAGAAAAAGGCAAAUUUGGGUUUCUGUAAGCAGAAAAUGAGUUUUUUUUAAAUUUUAAAAUAAGAAAUAUCAUAAAAAUAAACGCCCGAUGUAUUGUACAUGUCACAUCACAGAUCUUUGACAUUUAGGGGUAGUAUUUUUUUUUUAAAAACAUCAUAAAUGUGUUUUAUGUGGUCCACUUGGUCUGUGGUAUAUCCCCCAUAAUUUUCCUUUAAGGAUUACUGGGUCUGGGUUCUUAUGGGUUAAAUAUGUUUUUAAGGACUUGCUAUGCAGGGAUUGUCUGUUUUUGUGGCGGGGUUUUCAGCUUUGUACCUAAAACCGAUCCAUGACAGGGCUGGCAGCUGCAGGUUUUUGCUCCAAUCAACCAAUAAUGAUUUUGGUUAUAAUCAAGAAAAUCAUGGAAAAUGGCUAAAUAUCAGCUCUUAAAUUAAACUCUUAUGAGCCAUUUUGUUGUUAUCAUUAUAUUUGUCCCAACAAAUGUACCCUUAAGUUGUACCAGGCAUUAAAAUAAAUAAGAAAUUGAG